AUGGACAAUAUUACGCCAGACCAAUGGCAGGCGAUUGUGAACAAAAAGCUUAAUUUCCCCCCGGAGCUGAUAGCAGCCAUUCAGGAAGACAACGUAAUUCUGGUGGGCAGCCUGCUGUCCACAGGGGAUGGCAUCAUCCGCCAGCUGGAUGAGUCUGAGGACCGUCUGUGGAGAGAAGCCCUGAAUCUGUCCAUCCGCAUGGGCAAUGAGGACACUUUCUCCGCUCUGAUGCUGGGCGUCAAGUUUGACUUUAGGCAGAUCUACGAGGCGCUGCUGGUGGCGGUGGACACCAACCAGCCCCGGGUGGUCAAGAGGCUCCUGGACCGCCUGGACCAGGAAAAGGGCAAUAAGAUGGAUGUGCGCUCAUUCUCCAUGGCCAUAUUUGACCACUCCAUUGAUGACUCCCAGUUUGCCCCCGGAGUGACCCCGCUGACCCUGGCCUGUCAGAAGGACCUGUAUGACAUUGUCACCAUGUUGACUAAGAAGGGUCAUGCCAUCCCUCUGCCUCACUCUAUCUCCUGUACCUGUCUGGAGUGCAGGAACGGCCGUCAGUAUGACCUGCUGAAGUUCUCUCUGUCUCGUAUCAACACCUACCGGGGCAUGGCCAGCCGGGCAUACCUCUCCAUCACCACAGAGGAUGCCAUGCUCAGUGCCUUCAGACUCAGUCGGGAGCUACGCAUGCUCUCCAAGAAAGAACCUGAAUUUAAGCCCCAGUACCUGAGCCUGGAAGAGCUGUGUCAGGAGUUCGCAGUGGAGAUGCUGGCCAUGUGUCGCAACCAGAGUGAGGUCACAACGGUCCUGAACAUCUGUGAUGACGAUAAUGAAGAUGAACUGGACGAGCAGACCUUUGAGGAGGGGAUUCCAACCCUGUCACGCCUACGCCUUGCAGUCAAUUACAAUCAAAAACUGUUUGUGAGUCAUCCCAUCUGCCAGCAAGUGCUGUCGUCCAUUUGGUGUGGAAACAUCCCAGGGUGGCGGGGCAGCAAGACGGUCUGGAAGCUCACGGUGUCUCUUGGGAUCUUCUUCACCAUGCCUCUCCUCUGUAUGAUCUACUGGGUCGCUCCCAAGUCCAAGAUUGGAAAGACUUUGAAGAUACCUGUGAUCAAAUUCCUGCUGCACUCUGCCUCCUACCUGUGGUUCAUCAUCGCCCUUCUAGCUGAGUCUAUUUUCAUGGAGCUGUACCGCGAUGAGUUCGCAUCCCGGCAGCAAAACAUCCUCUACAACUCCCUCCAUAUGAUCUGGGUGGUCGGUUUCUUCUGGAGUGAGUGUAAGAAUGUGUGGGCGGAGGGUCUGAGGGGUUACAUCGUGGACUGGUCCAACAUUCUGGACAUGAUAGUACUCAGCAUGUACUUGGCCUCCUUCGGUCUGAGAGUCCUCAUCAUGGCAAUUGGUCAUUUUGUUUGCCAAGACCAAAACUUGGUUGAGAAGUGUGCCUACUUCACCCAAACAGUGCGGGAUGAAUGGUGGCAGGAGGACCCUCAGCUGAUCUCAGAGAUUCUGUUCGCUGUGACCAGCAUGCUCAGCUUCACCCGACUGGCCUACAUCCUGCCUGCCCAUGAGUCUCUGGGUACUCUACAGAUCUCCAUUGGUAUAAUGAUAGAUGACAUGAUGAGGUUCAUGUUUGUCUUGAUGAUCAUUGGAACAGCUUUUCUCUGUGGACUGAAUAAUAUCUACGUGCCCUACGCAACUUCUCCACAUCUUGGACGGUAUGACAAGCUCUAUGCAUUCAUUCCUAUUGCACUUUUCCUUUGGUUUCAGCUUCAAUGA